AUGCCGCCAUCAGUACGACUUCUACAGCACACGGUCCGUGUCACUCUCUUUACCCGCGAAAAUUGCUCAAUCUGCGAGAAAGGGAAAAAAGUGAUUCAGGAAAUAAGCAAGAGGAGGACUUUUGACUACCGCCAAGUGGAUGUCAUGGCUUCUGAUCAACAGCAGUGGAAGCCUCUCUACGAAUUUGAUACUCCUGUGCUCCACGUUCAACGCGUUUUCCAUACCUACUCGAAGCCUGAUAUUGCCACGGAAGCUUGCAAAUUGAUGCAUUAUUUUGACGAAAGACAGGUGGAAGAGCUCAUCGAUGAGGCCGAGGGACACUCAUAA